UACGUCUUACGUCAACUCAAAAUCGAAGUGGAUUUCUUUAGGCGUACACUCGUUAUUUUCUGUAUUUCACUCACCACUUUUGUACAUUGUUUCUUUAUUAUGGUACUUUUUAAAGAUAAAAUAUAUACUACUGCAGAGCGACAUCUUUAAAUAGUAUGUAAAGUGAGAUGGAUAUUUUCGCUCCUUUUAGAUGAGGUCUAUAAUCUGCAGCUGUUAGCAGAACUUGCUAGCUAUUUUGUCGAGCUAGCUAUGCACUAGCACGUUAGCUUCGCUCGCUAAGCAGUGACAACUGACAAAGAUCCUUUAACACCUGAACCAUGUGAGGGCCCCUCGGUCCAGUCUGAGGGGAUCCCAGGACUGUUGAAAGAUCACCCCGCUGUGCGGGGCUGGACAUCUGACCGAGAGAGCCGCCUAACCUGAGCCCUCAUCCCCACAUUCCUGUUCUCCUUUACCAAGGAGACACGCCAUGAUGUUCCGAGACCAGGUGGGCAUCCUCACAGAUUGGUUCAAAAGUUGGAACGAGUGUGAACAGACGGUGGCACUCCUGUCCCUCCUGAAGAGGGUGUCUCGCACCCAAGCUCGCUUCCUACACAUCUGUCUGGAACACUGGCUGGCAGACUGCACAGAGAUCCACAUCCUUGAAGCUGAAGCCAACAAUGCAGCAAUUGUCAGCCAGUGGCAUCAAGAGCCAAAAGAGAAAGUGGUGUCCCUCCUGUUGUCUCACUUGCCGCUGUUGCAGCCACGUAACAGUGAGGCUAAAUGUGAGUACAUGAAACUGCUCCAGAAGGUUUUGAGUCACACUAUUGAAAGUAGCCUAUUUGUGGAAGAAAGCCGACAGCUGCUCUCCUACGCACUCAUCCACCCCGCCACAACACUGGAUGAUCGCACCUCACUGGCCAUGUGGCUCAACCACCUGGAGGAACAUCUUUCUGGUGGCUAUCCGCCUCGGCCCCCAUCCAGCCCGUACCACCCGCGGCAAGGCUCGGAUGAAUGGCCGAGCUCAGCCGAGGCUCUGGACCCGGGGAACGCGUGGCACGAUAAGUCCCCUUCAUCUAGUACGUCUCCAGCAGGCCAGAACGGACAUAUGCCUUUUCCAGGUGGGAUGUCCUCACCCAUUAACAGCAAUAAUACAGGUGUGGUGGGGCAGUUGCAGCCUAGCCCUCUGAAAAAGUCCAUGUCCAAUAUUCCUUCCAGUCCCCAGGCCUGUGGCUCGGAAUGGGUGAGCCAGGAUGACAUCGGGGGCCGACAGAACUUCAUCCCAACAGACCACGCCCCCCUUUCACCCCAGAGCAGUGUAGCUUCCUCAGGCAGCGAACAGACAGAAGAGCAGGGCUCGGCUCGCAACACCUUUCAGGAAGACGGCAGUGGCAUGAAAGAUGUCCCUGCGUGGUUGAAGAGUCUCCGCCUUCAUAAAUAUGCAUCGUUAUUCUCACAGAUGACCUAUGAAGAGAUGAUGAUUCUCACAGAGCAACAUCUGGAGUCUCAGAACGUCACAAAAGGAGCGCGACAUAAGAUCGCCUUGAGUAUCCAGAAACUGCGAGAACGGCAAAGUGUACUCAGGUCUUUAGAAAAGGAUAUUUUGGAAGGGGGGAACAUGCGCAAUGCUCUCCAAGAGCUGCAACAAAUCAUCAUCACACCCAUCAAGGCCUACAGCCCGCCCAGUGCGGCGCAGCCCGCCACUGAGACCGGGAGCUCGCCGUCUGAAAUCACAAAAACCGGAGCGGAGAAAGAGUCGGAGCCCUUCCAGUCCCACAGCACGCCCCCCUGUGAUGGAGAGUCCUCGGCCACGCCGAUUUCAGACGGAGACAUUGCUGGACAGUUCACCCGAGUCAUGGGUAAAGUGUGUACCCAGCUUUUGGUGUCCAGGCCAGAUGAGGAAAAUAUUAGCUGUUACCUUCAGCUUAUUGAAAAAAGUCUGUCACAUGAGGCGUUCACAGAAACUCACAAGAAAAGGCUGGUGUCCUGGAAGCAGCAGGUCCUCAAGCUGCUGCGCUUGUUUCCCCGCAAAGCGAUGCUGGACAUGCCAGCGUACCGACAGAAAGGUUGGAACUAUGGGUCAAACUCCCUCCCCACAGCAGGCUCUGUGAGUGGAGGUGUAGGAAGGCGGGGCCAAAGGCAGUUUCAAAUGACCCCUCGAGGCCUCCCAGCUGGGCGUAUAUGUCUUCCUGGUGGGAUUGGAGGAGCAUCUCCACGCCACACACUCACCAAUCCUGCGCUGGCUGGCCAGGGUAGACAAAACCUGUGGUUUGCCAACCCUGGGGGGAGCAACAGCAUGCCAAGUCAGAGUCGCAGCUCCGUGCAGCGGACCCACUCACUUCCUGUCCAUACGUCCCCACAAACCAUGCUCAUGUUCCAGCAGCAAGAAUGCCAAGUUCCAGGUGCUGACCUGGAGAUCAACCCUACGCUGGAGUCACUGUGCCUCAGUAUGACAGAGCAUGCCUUAGGAGACGGAACAGACCGGACAUCAACAAUAUGAAAAAAAUACGGAGAACUACACGUCGGUCGAAGCCUGUUCAGUUCAGCACAAAGAUAAACAUAUGCUUCAGAAAACCAGGCAAAGCAGUCACUACAAUAUGACAGAAAUGUGUAUAUGUUCUCUAAUAUUUUUGUACUUUAUUAUAUACAACUAAGUUUAUUAAAAAUGGAAUACAGAUGAAUAUUAUAUUGUUGAACAGAAAAAAAGGUUAACUGUAUCGACUGCACCCGUGUCACCUGCAGGACUGUGGCAUGACGUGCAGAGGCUCAGUUCACCUCCAUGAGAGAGAAACUGUGGAUUGGUGCUGUCUUUAAGGGUCGCUGCCCUGAAUUCUCUUCUUUUCCCGUUGCCUUGGAACAAGGCUUUCUAUCCACAACACACUGACAGCCGCAGCCCACGCAUUGUCUAAUUUGUAGACUCCGAUUAAUUCCGGCCAGAAGUAAGGCACUUUUAUUAAAUUAUCUUUGCUAUUCGGCACUAAACUGUAAUUGGCCUGGCGGUACACUUCGCAAAGAGGUUGACUUCUCUGGCUGUGUCGAUCUCGUGUGUAGCGCUCUAUGAAAUGUGGAUCGUUUUUCCCUCUCUGAAGAAAAUGUUCAGUGGCAAAAGCAUGAAAGGAGAGGACCAAAAGUAAUGUGGAAAAGUUUGAAAUUCUUUCGAGGAGUAACUUUUUUUUUGUUUUACUUAAACACAUAAAAACUCAAGAGAUGAUAUCCUCCUUACAACUUCUGCAAAGCCAAAGAGAAGGGUUUUGUGAUUGUUAACUUGAGAAAGGUAUUUGUAGUGAAAUGCAGCAGAAUGGUAUGAUUAAAAAAAACAACCGAGGAGUUUGAAGAACUAAUGCCAGCUGCAAUUUGUUUUUGUUUUUUUUCCUUUUCUGCUUUGCUACAUAAAUGAUGAUGAUGAAUCUCAUUUUGUGCCAGGGAAGCCCCACAGGGGGUAGGUAAGGGCUGGUGAGUGUGGUGUGAUGUUCAACUAAUAAAAGCAGACGAUACCAGAGUGUUUUCAAUUUUCAAUCGGAGUGAAACUCUCUGGCUCCUUUAUGAUUGGCUUUGGAAAUAAAGCGUUUAAUAAACCGCCUCACCCUCACAAUGCCCUCUCCCUCAAAUGGCCAACGUGAAGAUUUGAUGAUUCACAUACUUUCCGAGGUGCUUGAUAAUGUCCCCAUGUUUUGUUUUGUUUUUUCUUUUUUUGUGUCUCGGUGUGUUUCAGUCUCAGAGCCCUAACAUUGUCAUGUGGUAUCAGUGUUGAAUCAAAAACUGUCUUCUACAGCUUCUGUCUUUGAAUGUGGCAGAGCCGGAGGUGCAUGUAUUUGUAAUAUGGUCUUAACUUUUGCAUCACUUUUUUUUGUUGCUUCACAAGGCAGGGAAACCAUUCACAUAUUAUUUCAGCAGAGCCAUAGGAGGUCUGAUUAGUAAAGAUGAUUAUACAGAUAUUUUUUUUCCAGUCGUACUUUUUUUUUUUUUUUUAAUUCUCCUUUAAUAUCGAUAACUCAUGUUUAUUUUCUGUAAUCGCAUGUUUUGCCACACUAAUACAACACUGUUGUUGAUUUAAGACAUGGUGGUUGAAGGUGCCUGGUGUCACCAACAACCAAGACAAGAGACCUUUGCAACUAACCUUAUAUAAAUCUGCCGCCUAAAUGUCACUGUUUACAUCUCUGGGAUAAAGCCCAGUUCAUAUUAUAUGAUGUCAUGAUUAAUCCAUUAUAUCGUUAUAUAACACAUUAAAGAACUGAAGCUUUUACAUGGAUGGAUGAGUAAAGAGUGAAAGCAAAUUUUAAUACUCCCUAAUUUGUGGAUUCAAUAUAAGUCUUUCUAUAAUUGUACCUACAAGGUGCAUGCUACAUUUUUAUUAUUUCUUUUUGUCAUGUGGGUUUGAGAAACAUUUCUCUGGCCUUGUGAUUGUUCAGUCUGUCAAUGUUUGAUAAACUGUUAAUGUGGUGCCUGAAAAUUCUCAGCUCCAGCAUCUUCAGUUUGUUUAUUUUUAAUAAUGAUUUUUUUUUAAUUAUUUUUCAGAGCAGGCUCUUUUUGUGAAACGUCAUUCUCGUGUCUGUGAAGGACUCCAGUGAGUCGAUGCCGGCUUUAACAAACGAUUUCCUCAUAACUGUGAUGUUACAGGUUGCUCAGAUUCCAAAUUUCUGUUGCUUUGGACAACCUACCUUUUCAUUUUCAAAUAGACACAAAGGUACUUGCAGAUUUCUCAGAUGGAUUGUUAAAUUGUGAUGCAGCAGGAGAUAGAAGUGCUUAUUUGAGCCAACAGUUUUUAUGAGUAAACUGAACAUUAAACAGGCCAAGGAAUAUGUUUACUCUUUGUUUACAUUCCAGUGAUCCAUGAAAUCAGUUGGGAGUCUCACAGCUUGAGACACGUUUAUUGGAAAGACACCAAAUAGUACAUGUGCAGGUACAAACCAGUGUCCUGUUGAGUUCAUGUUAAUGUUCCCUGUUAGGCUUUUUUAAUUAUUGUUAAACAAAAGCAGUUAUCUGUAAGUUAUACUCAACAUAAGCAUCUUAUACUAUUUCUAUUUCACCCCCAGAGUUUUCUAAUAUUUUAUGAACCUUUUGCAUCACGUGCUUACACUCUAAUUUUCUACUGCCAUUCAUCUGUGAGAAUGGUCUUAAGUGCAACAUCAUAAACAGUAAAUAAAGAGGUUCAGUUCUUUUGCAGCUUCAUAUUUCGUUGGGUCUUGUGUCAGUUUGCAUUUAAUUUUAAAGUACUUUUUUCGUUAGAAUGUUAAAACUUUUAUUGUUGUAGUAUUUGGUGACGACAGGUUUAACUUCCGGGUUACGUUUUCGGCUUCCUGUGGCUUAUCGGGCUAAUGGAAGCUAGCCGCCUUGGCGUGAACGUUAUUAGUUUCCCUAAGAAUAAACAAAAGCUUUUUCGUGGAGAAACUUCUUCACAACUACAAAACGUAUAUAUUUAUUUCAUAUUAUGCUGGAUGUUUGAUGUCCUUGUGGGUUCUGUGCCUGGUCAAUGUCUUAGACUUUCAAAGGAUGGAUGUGGAUGGAGGCCCUACUAGAGGAUAAGUUAUCACAUUUUGACAUCCAUCAGUGGAACGACUGUCUCCUCUCACUACAUAAUCCAUUAUGUCAUUACCAAAAGAGUCAGGAAACAGAGGAAAAGAAUGAGAGCGGGGGGCCCGUCCCAAGGUGAGACAAAGCCGGUCAGAAGAGAGGAGAGACACAGGAGGUGGUUGGAAAGGUGGGAAAGGGAAAAAGAAGGGCCUCUCUUCCCACGAGACGGCCAAUGAGCGGCCUGUCAGCGAUGGAUUCGAGUAUGGCGAGCUUUUAAGCGAGAUGGAGACUAGGAACCAAACAUCCUCCUCUUCGUCGUCUCCCCAGAGGGACAGUUGGAGGUGGCUGGGCUUGGAAGCUACAACGUCAUUACCGGGACAAGAACAGGUUACGGCCAGGGCGAGUGUGGCGACGGUUAGCACCGCCACAGAAUUACCAGUGCUCAUUGAAGCGGAUGGUAGAGGAUCGAGCAGCAGCCGGACUCUCAGGCAAAAAAUCCAAGAUGCCAUGGGGCAGUGUUUCCCUAUAAAGACGCACAGCGCAGCGGCAACUCCAGUCCCACAGUCGUUCUGCUCAUCCUCAUCGGCUGCCUGUGCUUCCUCCAAGCGGAAGAUCCAUCUCAGCGAGCUGAUGCUGGAAAACUGCCCAUUCCCUGUGGGGUCAGAGCUGGCUCAGAAGUGGUAUCUCAUUAAGCAGCAUACAGCGCCCAUUACUCAGUCUCCCCUGCUGGAUUCUGCCGUCGUGUGCAGUGCCCCGACUUCAGCCAUGGCCGCUGUGGUGGAGGAUGUUGACGAUAGGCUGCGAGAGCGGAGGCGCAUUAGCAUCGAACAAGGCGUUGACCCGCCACCCAACGCAGAAAUCCAUACAUUUGAGGUGACGGCACAAAUUAACCCCCUCUACAAGCAUGGCCCAAAACUGGCCCAUGGAAUGAAUGAGUUAUCUGGACCUGACCGAGCCUCCGUUCAGCAGCAGCAGCAGCAGCAACUUCUUCUCCAACGACAGCAGCAACACCAACUUCUUUUACAGAGCUGUUUGGACACCCUAGAUGAAGUCGUGGCCUCGGCGUCGGCCUCUGCUCAUAUCUCCGAUACAGCUCCCGACCUCUCGCUUGACCCAGAGGUCACAGUGACCGAUCCAAGCUCUGGAGCCUCGCUUCCUCAGAUCGAGCACCAUAAUUGCCAGGAUGCGGCUUACCGCAUCCACACUCAGAUCGAUUACAUUCAUUGUUUGGUUCCAGACCUGCUGCAGAUCACCAGCCUCCCCUCUUACUGGGGGGUGAUGGACCGCUACGAGGCAGAGAACCUGCUGGAGGGAAAGCCUGAGGGCACCUUCCUCCUCCGAGACUCCGCGCAGGAAGACUACCUCUUCUCCGUCAGCUUCCGCCGCUACGGCCGCUCCCUGCACGCGCGCAUCGAGCAGUGGAACCACAACUUCAGCUUCGACGUGCACGACCCCAGCGUCUUCCACGCGCCCACCGUCACGGGACUGCUGGAGCAUUACAAGGACCCCAACUCUUGCAUGUUUUUCGAGCCCCUUUUGUCCAACCCCAUCCACCGCACACAGCCUUUCAGCUUGCAGCGCAUCUGCAGGGCUGUUAUAAGCAGCUGCACCACCUAUGAUGGCAUCAACUUGCUACCCAUUCCAAAUGCGUUGAAGAAGCACCUGAAAGAAUACCACUAUAAGCAGCGAGUACGCGUACGGCGGAUGGAUACAUGGUGGGAAUGAAGAGCAAAAAGACAAUUAAAAAACAUGUUUUUAUGUAUUUACUAAACUGACUGAUAUAUUUUGAUUUUUUUAGGCUUUACCAACUACACUGUUUAUUUAUUAUAUUCCUGCUGUACGUCUUUACAUGUGAACUAAACCACUCCGCUUACUGAUCACACACACUCAAAGAGUUGGGUAAAUGAAACUGCUUUUUGAUCUGUGCUGUUCAGACAACUACUUCUCUGUUUUUUCAAGUGUGACUAAAUCAGCUUCAUUAUCUGAUGAUGGGGGUAUGAAUCAAGAUGAUUAUAAUAGAGUUGUUCAUCAGUCACAUGCUGAGCAGGUGAAACACAUACUGAUGAGUGUUUUUGCUUGUCACCGAGGUGUUGGAAGUGCUCCUCUUCAGUAUUAUUCACAACUUAAGACUGACAAUCUCUUUAAAAUGCCUUUUUUUAUUUAAAGGCUUGUUUGAAAACUUAAUUAAGUUCUCUGUUUUUAGAGUUAUGAUUGAAUUCCAUAAUAAUGAGUCCAUUUUAGGAAGCCAACAAAUCUUUUCGCUGAAAUGUAGGAGGUUAGUUUAUCACUGUGUUCCAGUUAUUCACACUCUACAAUGUGAGUUCUUGUGCAAUAAAAUGUUAUUUCUA